UGAUCAAUCGCCUCUUUUUGUACAUAGGAAUAUUUUUGGUAGUUGAGCGUUUGAUUUUCGGAUCGACCAGAGUCUCCAUAAUCACACUGUCUACCUCCAGUAACGGUCACCAUUGCUACUCCCACUACCACCACCGUUGCUUUUCCCCCCCAACCCCACCACCGCCAUUACUGAAGAUUCUUUUUUCUCUCCUCCUCUUUCCCUGACUUGGGUUUUCCUCUCCACCCAAAAAAGCUCCCAUCUUGGCAAUGGAAACCGUCGCCGGUAAUUUCACCAAGUUGCAGCAGCAGCAGCUGCAGAAGAAGCAAAAAUGGUUCCUCUUGCUGAUUUCCUCGCUUCUAAUCUCCACAAUUUUGAUCCUCCUCACGGUGACCUUCUCCUCCGGAUGGAAUGAUUCGGCCUCGACUACCCAGCUGCUUUUUCGCCGGCGGCAGCAGCAGCAAGGCCAGAGCUCCCCGCGAUUUGCGGAAUCGAAGUUGGCCAAGACGGAGACUUUUGCCGGGAAACUGCCUCGCCUCGCUUAUCUGAUAUCUGGGUCGGCCGGGGAUGGGGUGAAUCUGAAGAGGGCGCUGAAGGCUCUGUACCAUCCGAGGAACCAGUACGUCGUGCAUUUGGACCUGGAGGCGCCGGUGGAGGAGAGGUUGGAGCUCAUCAGGUGGGUUAAGGAAGGCGAGAAGGUUUUUCGGGAAGUGGGUAAUGUGAGGGCGGUGGCUAGGUCGAAUUUGGUUACCUAUCGAGGUCCGACCAUGGUCAGUAACACGCUUCACGCUGCUGCAAUUCUGUUGAGGGAUGGUGGGGAGUGGGACUGGUUCAUCAAUCUGAGUGCUUCUGAUUACCCUUUGGUCACUCAAGAUGAUUUGCUGCACACAUUGUCUUCUAUCCCACGGGACCUCAACUUUAUCGAGCAUACUAGUGACAUCGGCUGGAAGGAAGAUCAGAGAGCUAGGCCGGUGAUAAUCGAUCCGGGGCUAUACAGCCUGCAGAAAUCAGAUGUUUUCUGGGCCACAGAGAAAAGGAGUGUCCCAACUGCAUAUAGGCUCUUCACAGGUUCUGCUUGGAUGAUGCUUUCUCGUCCAUUCAUCGAGUAUUCCCUGUGGGGAUGGGACAAUCUCCCCAGGAUCGUACUAAUGUACUAUGCAAACUUCCUCUCGUCGCCCGAGGGCUACUUCCACACGGUGAUCUGCAACGCAGAGGAGUUCAAGAACACUACAGUGAAUCAUGAUCUCCACUUCAUCUCUUGGGAUAACCCUCCUAAGCAGCACCCUCAUUUCCUCACUGUAGAUGAUUACCAGAGGAUGGUCGACAGCAAUGCACCUUUCGCCAGGAAGUUUGGGAAGAACGAUCCAGUUCUUGACAGGAUUGAUUCGGAGUUACUAGGGGUAAGUGCUGAUGGGUUUGUCCAUGGUGGGUGGUUCAGUAAAAAUAUCAAGGCUAACUCGACCGAGCUUAAGCCUGGCAAUGGAGCACGAAGAGUCAAGAAUCUUAUUUCAGGGCUUCUGUCAGCUGAAGGUUUUCGUACGUCGCACUGCAUCUGAUUAGGAUCUCUAUACUUAUAUAGGUUUUUGUAACUCACUAGGUAUUAGGUGGAUUCUUCUUAGCUGGGUGCAUUAUAUGUCAAAUGCAUGGAUUUGUGAAACUAUCAAAUCCGUCGAGUGUAACGAUUUAAGGCAUAAUAAUAGAGAUACAAUAACAAAGUCGUGAUAAGUCCAAUUGGCUUCAUCAUUCGUUCGGUAUCUCACACCGUAUAAAUGUCAUCUCACACUGGAUGCAACAGCUAAAGUAACAUUUAAGUUAAUUGGUUCUUUUGACCAGAGAGAUAUUACUAAUUUGGUCUUUGUUUCUUGUCAUUCACUCCACUGCAAUCUGCACAAUUGUCUUCCCAAUAUUACUGCCAUGGAAAAGUCCGACAAACGACAAAGGUAUGCUUUCCAACCCGGUCGAGAUGUCUUCGACCGAGACCAUCUUCUCGGACCUCAGAUGAUCACAAGUUGCAGAGAUAAAAUCUGAGUGAACACUCAAGAAAUCAGGGCACAAAAACCCCUGGAUUUGGAUUCUCCUGUAUAUGACUUCCACCAUAUCAGGAGCAGCUUUUCUUCCACUCCCCGUAUACUCUGAAAUCGCCCCACAAGCAGCUACUCUGCCAAACAAGUUCAUGUUGGCAACUGCUGCUUCGAGCAUCUCGCCACCAACACUGUCGAAGUAUACAUCGAUCCCGUGUGGGAAAUGCCUGUGGGAAAUCAAAAUCACACCCCACACACAGAAAGUUAACGAAGCAGUGAAGCCUGAUUGCACACGAACUGGAUCGAGACUUGCCCUACAAGUCACCUACUUUCUAAGAGUCGCCUUGAGAUCUGCUUCUUCUUUGUAGUUGAAUGCAUCGUCGAAACCGAGCUUCCCUUUCAGCAAUUCCACCUGCACUGCCAACUACAUAGCAGCCAUGGAGCUUUGCCAGCUGCCCGGCUAUGUGUCCAACUGAACCAGCAGCUGCAGAAACAAACACUUUCUCUCCUUUCUUCACCUUGCAGACCUCGAAUAACCCCGCGUACGCUGUCAUCCCACUGACAAAGGGAGUCCCAUGGAGUCCAGUUUCCUGAAGUAGAACACUCCUGGUUUCAUCAAGCAGUAUUCUCCCCAUAUUUCCUAGCUAAGCAUCAUACCGAGCCAGGAGCAAUGGCGGCGGCAGCAGCAGCUUGGAUGCUGUGAUGAGAUUGAGAAGUGCUGUAGCUCUUCAUGCGGUUGAGCUGGGCAGGGUCGAUCGAGAGGUAGAGGUUCUUCACGAUGACGUGACCCGAACCGGGUUCGACGUU